CCUCCAACCCCCAUCACGACAACAACAUCGCGUGGAUUGCCUCCUCCGAAUCCUCGCACCCUCUCAUACAGGGUCUCCCCAUCCUCCUCUUCCAUCGUGCUUGCUCUUCGGGCAUCCGGCGGUGACAGACGUGCCUCAACACCAUGAUCAACCACACCCUCAUAUCGAGGCUUGACGGCUUGAUCCUCGCAGCCUCAGUAGACGAAGAUGAGACAGACGCCGAGUUCCGUGAGGUCAAAGGCAAGGUGAAGCUUGUCUUGCGCCGUCUGGACCGUAACUCUGCACCGCAAGCAAGCAUAGAGAGCGGACGAUACGUGUACCACUACCUCCUCCAGGACUCAUUAGUCUUCCUUUGUAUUUGCGACAGGUCGUAUCCGCGAAAGCUCGCCUUCACGUAUCUCGCCGACCUCCAAUCCGAGUUCACCACCCUCUACCCCGCCGCCGAGUACCUGUCGGCGUCAUGCCGCCCAUACGCCUUCGUAAAGUUUGAUACCUUCAUCCAGCGUACCAAGAAGACAUACCAGGAUAGCCGCGCAACCCAGAACCUGGACAAGCUCAACGACGAACUCAAGGACGUGACCAAGGUUAUGACGAAGAAUAUCGAAGACCUUCUCUACCGAGGCGAUAGCUUGAACCGCAUGGGCGAACAGAGCGCAAGAUUGAAGGAGGAUAGCAGGAAAUACAAGCGGGCGGCCGUAAGGAUCAAUUGGGAGCUGUUGCUGAAGCAGUACGGACCAGUCGGCGCUCUUAUUUUCAUCAUCUUCGUCUUCAUCUGGUGGCGCUUCUUCUGAACCAGACCCGUCUCUUUCCUUCUCUUCCGUUGGUAAGUAUUCGUGUCCGAGUACUAGUGCUGCAUGGGUCGGAGCUCAGGAUCUCUUCUUUUCUUUGGAGUCUACUCUUUGGAGUCUACGGGCCAUUUUGGAAAUAGUGCCCUUUACUUUCAGCCUCUUUUUCCUUUCUCAGCAGAUAAGGCGAGGCAAUGUAGCAUAUUCCCCGGGUCACAUGACCCCUUGAUACGAGGACUUCUUAAGAAAACUGUUUAUACUUUCUUGCUGACUCUUAGACGUACGUUGACUACGGGGUUCCUUGAAUACAGCAGAAUGUUCUCU